AUGAAGGCUGAUCCUGACCAGGACUUCCUGCAUCGAUACCCUGAGCUGGCGAGGGAGUUCGAUGACUGGCUUGAGACUCGCCGAGCAGAAGUGAUCAAGGCCGGUCAUCACCAAGGCGCUGGAAGCUCUGGGAUCAAGCCCCAGGCCUCCGUGGGAGCCAACACCAGGAUGCGAGCACGGCUGUUGCCAGAGGCCCGGGAAGCGCUCCUGACCGGCCCCAAGACAACGGAAGAGCUCAAAAGGCUGAUUCAGCGCAAGCAUCCCACAGAAGAAAUCAGGGAGGAGGACCUUCUUGGCGUGCUUUCCAUGGAGGAACUCGAUGCGCUUCAGGUUCGCGGAGUUUGGGUCCUUGCACGUACUGGGACAGAGUCGCAUGACAAGUUCCGCAAGACAUUGCUGCAGCUCUUCCGCCAUCGCGACUCGGUCACUCGUCAGGAUGUGAUGGACGAGUAUCAACAGACCUAUGGCGAGAGGUGCAAGUUGAGCGACUACGUGGUGCGGCAGCAGCUGCGUGAGAUCGCAGAGAAGAUGGAGGACGGUGGACAGAUAGUUUACGUUGUGAAGGGCGCGCUGCAGACGCGGUAG